AUGAAUUUUUGUGCACAAUAUCUUAUCACAAUAUCUCAUCAUGAAUUUUUGUGCACCAUCAGUGGCACCACAGCAGCUAAAUCAUCAGCUUAUGAACCAUCCGCAGCCCAUCUCAGUUCUUCAUCAACCUCGACAAGGCAUGGUAGAGGAUGUGCCAAGGGCAUUAAAGAGUGGGGUACUGGCAAAAAGCUAGACAUACAAUUUGAUGGAAAUUACUACCCAAUAGGGGAUAACGUGGCUAAGUUAACUACUCAACUUAGCAUUAUUGUGCGGAAUGGUAACAUUGUUCCUCUUACUUUUCUUGACUGGAACAAUGUGCCUGAUGAUAUUAUUGAUGCUAUCUGGAAGGAUGUGAAGGACAAUUUGAAUAUAUGUCCAGAGGAGUACAAGCCAAUCUGCAUGAAAAACUGCAACAGCAUAUGGAAGGAUCACAAGAACAAACUUAAGGCUAAGUAUUUCAAGCCUAGAAGUUCUAAUCCUAAUCUGAAUGAUGAUGUUCCUAUGUACAUUGUGCCAAACCAGUGGGAAGAACUUGUGGAGUAUUGGCGUACUUCCGAUGCUGAGGUAUACAAAUAAGUUAUAUUUAUGAUAUGUAAACAUACAAAUCAUAUUUACAUACUCACAUUUGUC